ACCAGCCACCGCUGCCCGCUGCUCUCAGUCACGACCGACGCUGAUUUCCGACCGCUACGUACGGCCACAACAACAAUUAAUCCCAGAAAAGGAAGGCCACGACCACGGUUCACGGAAUACACUAGUCCACCGGGAAAGCGCCUCCAGCUCAAUCUCUUCCGGUGCUGAAAGCCCUCAAUACACAGUGGAGCUGCGGUUUUCUCUUCUACCACCGCCGCCAGUUUGCUAAAUUCGUUAAGAGGACUUAGAUGGGGAAAUCCGAGUCCACAAUCGCCAAUUCAAGUAAAAUUAGAUUCGAAGAUAGUGAUGACCAUAUAACUUCAUCUGAAGAUGAAGAUGAGGGUGAAAUAGAGAGAGAACUUGCUGAGGUGACAUUUGAGGAGCUGCAAAGAGCUAAAGCUGAUGGCUCGGAGAUGGUUUACAGGAGGCCCAAUGCGGACAAAAAAAGCAGUCGAGCAAAUAAGAAUAGGCCAAUGGAGAUGAGUAGCAAGAAGCCGGUCAGCAAAUUUAGAGAAGUUAUUCAAGUUCCUAAGAAGGUGGUACGGGAUCCUCGAUUUGAAUCAUUAUGUGGCACACUCGAUGUGGACGGGUUCAAGAAGAGGUAUAACUUUAUUUAUGAUGAAGCGCUUCCGGCUGAGAAAGAGGAACUGAAGAAACAGAUGAAGAAAGCAAAUGAUCCAGAGGCCAUAAUUGAACUGAAGGAUCGACUGGCUCAUAUUGAUAAAGAAUUGAAAUCUGCUGUAACAAAGCGUACUGAGAAGAAUAUCUUGGCUGAGCAUAAGAAGAAAGAGAGAGAAGCUGCAAAGAAAGGGAAACAACCUUACUAUCUGAAAAAAUCCGAACUUCGGAAGCAACAGCUUAUCGAGAAAUACAAGGAACUCAAGGAGUCUGGCAAACUUGAGUCUUUUAUCGAGAAAAAGAGAAGGAAGAACGCCGCCAAGGACCACAGAUACAUUCCAUAUCGACGCCAGACAGAGAAAGGAAGCCAACAAUAGAAGUAGAGAACUGUUUUUGCUUCACAUGUCGAUUUCCCCCUUUCUAAAAAAAUUACUUACUUUUCGUGUGAUAGACAAAACCCUAGAUAAAUCUCACAUGUUAUGAUCAUUUUAAGAAUGGUGGAAUUGUUUUGGAUUCUUGUGGGUCUCUCAGUCUUAUGCUUUGCAUGCUGAAAACCCUUUGAUUUUAUUUUGGGAAUUGAUGAGUAACUGAAAAUACUUGGAAGCUUGGUUGAGCCAAAUGUCUUUGAGAAGUGUAUUCCAUUUUGGUUGAAGUUCUGAAAUAAGAUUGUGGAUUGUCUGAAUUUCCAUAA